UCUACAUAUGAAUGUUCUUUGGUUUAAUGUAUGCGGAAACUAACUUACUUUUUGUUCUUGCCGGACCCUUUAGUUCAAUGCACUCAAACUUUAGAACCCGGGUUGGGAACAUCAGUACCAAAUACGUGAUUUUUUGCCAUUUAUAAUGUGACCCGGUCGUUAUUUAAUCAUGGAAAUGUGGUUUAGAGGUUUCGUGUGCCUUUUUUUCUUGUCGUUAAUCACGACGACGACGGCAGCGGCAAAUGACGAUGACGUCAUGGUGUCCAUUCCCGGAGGGAGGAUGACGAGGAUGAGCUCCGGUGGGGAAGAAGAUGAGACGGAGAUUGAACUUUUGCCUUUUUUGUUGGACAAACAGCCCGUCACAAAUAAGGCUUUCAGGGAAUUCGUGAGAGCUGAAAAGUACAAAACAGAAGCCGAAACGUUCGGUUGGAGUUUUGUCUUUAAGGAUUUCGUGUCUGAUGACGUCAAGAGCAAAGUGACGCACACCAUUAAGUCUGCUCCAUGGUGGCUUCCUGUUGAACGAGCCUUUUGGCGGCAGCCUUCUGGUUCCGGUUCUGGCAUCAGCGCUCGCCUGGACUUCCCGGUGGUCCACGUCAGCUGGAACGACGCACGGGCCUUUUGCGCGUGGAAGACGAAAAAGCUGCCUACCGAGGAGCAGUGGGAGUGGGCAGCAAGAGGAGGACUUGCCGGUGAAACCUUUCCGUGGGGGAAGCGCUUCCAGGCCAACAGAAGCAACCUGUGGCAGGGUCCGUUUCCGGAUGGCGACACGGCGGAGGACGGGUAUCAUGGACUCGCGCCAGUUGAUGCUUUCCCGCCACAGAACAAGUUCGGACUGUUGGACAUGUUGGGGAACACGUGGGAGUGGACAUCCAGUGUGUUUGCGUCCCGCCAACAGAUGUUCGUGUUGCGCGGCGCCUCUUGGAUCGACACCGCGGAUGGCUCGGCCAAUCACAGAGCUCGAGUUGGCACCAGGAUGGGAAACACCCCGGACUCAGCCUCCGACAACCUGAGCUUCAGGUGCGCUUCAGACAGCCGCGAGAGGAAAUCGCGCACCGAUUUGUAGUCGGGGGUUACAGGAAGUGUGAGUUUUAAGACGAUUAAAAAAAAAUAAGUGUGAUCAAGUUGCACAUGAAACAAAUGGUGCUCACUUGAAAAGUUGACUUAGGCUAGGUUCAUACCGCAGGUCUUAACGCACAAAUCCGAUUUAUUCGUGUUUUUCCGACUCGAGUGAGGUAUUAACUUAAUGGUAUGAAUGGGACAGGUCGCAUAAAAUUGGACCAUUUCAAAUCUAAUCUAGGUCACUUUCGUAUGUGGUUAAAAUCCGAUCUGGGCCACAUUUUCCUAGAAUGUGGCUGCAGUCUGAACUGUCAAGUCUCCCAAAUCGGAAUUCAUGCAGCAAUUACGUCAGCACGGCAGUGAUGGAGCGUUAGCACCUAGCUUGAUCUCGGCUUUUAGGUAGGAGGUAGGCUCAUAAGUGGAUUUUCAGGGGGGGCCAGGCCCCCCGGUGGCCGAAAAGUGUCAUUGCAUGUAAUUGACUUUCCUAUACAAUAUAUGAUUUUAAAAUUAGGCAUUUUCUGGUAAAAUAUUGUCUAUAAAAGUUGUAAAGCAAUAAAACAAAAAAAAAUGAGUGAAAUGAACAAAAAAAAGAUAUUUUUAUAAUGGGUCAAAAUUAUUUUUCAAACAGAUUAUGUAACUAGCACCUUAGACGGUCAUUUGUAUGCUUAGCCAAAACCACCCGAGGACCGAAAAGGAAAGAUGGAUAAGCUAUACGUAAUUUUUUAAAAACAUAUUCUUUCAAAAGCGACAACAACUACUGAGCAAAAUCCAAGGAUUGAAAAUGUGGAGUUUCAUUUUGCCCCACUAAAAACGCUAAUUGUACAACAGAGCCAUUACUGGUGUCUUGCCAAUGUAGUUACCCCCGUCAAAAAUUGUCCCCCUGGCCGCGGGAGUGCGCACACACACUUUAGGUAUGAGGGUUGUGGACUUAAACAAUUAAUUGAAGCCAGAAAAGAACCACAGUUAUAUAUUUUGGACAUCGACGUUUACUAAACUGGAAAAACUCCAUACAGGACUUGAAAAACAGUAAGAACAGUUACUGUAUAGGUCAUCCUACGAGUAAAACAGUGAAACAUUGCUUUUUUUAACGUUCAGUACGUAUGUUACGGUAUACAACAGGAAAAAAAAGUUUUGUUUUGUUUUUUUAUGGAUGUGCCAUGUUUUAAAACCUCAUAGAUAACUACAUCACCAAAAUACGGAAAUCAAGCAAAUCAGUACAGUGCAGUGGUGCCGCCCAGACUGGGGUAACUACAUUGGCACGACACCGGUGGGCAUACCAUUUUCAAUGGAUGACGAUCUUGGCGAAAAGUAUAGCCUAAGCAGCCUGAUUUUAGAAUUCCCCUCAAGAAUGAUGGGAAACAACAAAUGCUAAUUUUCAACUUAUUGUUAUAAAUAUUCUUGUAAGUUAAUUUUAUUUCCGACAUUGCGUUUCGGGGUCUUCAACAUAUUGUGCCUAUGGGUGGGCUUGACAGCAGUCAUAAACUAGUAAAAUGGAGGUGGUUUAAGCCUGAGAAUGCUCGGUUUUCUUUCUGUGCGCCAAAUGAACAAUAUUUCAAGUUUGCUCAGCGCAUGUCGGACUGCAAGUUAGUGCGCAUGCAUGCGUACUACAUUUACAGGCUCAAUGGAAAAAGGCAGUGUGAACAGGCACGCCAAAAACAGAUAUGAGGAAAAAUUGGAUUUGUACAUUAAGACCUGCGGUAUGAACCUAGCCUUAUGAGUAGUUCAGGACGACUAUGACAUUCAGCCGUAUGCCAAAGGUGGACGAAAAUGUGGCAAAGCAGGAAGUGGGCAAACGUGUUUAACAUUGUUUACAUUUUCUUAGGUAUGUGCAGUGUGUGGUCAUACUCCACAUUCUUUGUUUCAAUGUUUUGUUUUUUUUUUUUUAUGAGAAAUCUUGUCUGUCUUGAACAUUUCUUUGCAGUAAAAUUUACUCCUGAUGAUAUGGAUAUGGUGUUAUACUUAUAUAGCCCUUUUCCAUCAGGAAGUAUUGAAGAAAUAAAAGUUUCUAAUGUGCUAACCUUGUGAAAAUCUCUUCUGUGUUGCAUUUGAGUCUUGCAAAGUAAACACAUU